AACCCGCGCUCAUACGUUUCCGGUGUUUUUGACAUUACGGACGCAUAAAGACGUUUACUGUAAGUGUUAAAAAUGUCUCGUACUCCAAAAAGAGCUUGUUCCAGUCUUCUAAACGAAAGUCUAGAGAAGAGAUUAAAACGGGUUUCAAUUGAGGGAAAUAUCGCGGCUGGAAAGUCGACGUUUGUCCGCCUGCUGGAGCAGCACGAUAAAGACUGGGAAGUGGUGCCCGAGCCCAUCGCCAGGUGGUGCAAUGUACAAACUCAACAUGGGGAAUUUGAGGAGCUGACCACAUCUCAAAAGAGUGGGGGGAAUGUGUUGCAGAUGAUGUAUGAGAAGCCAGAACGCUGGGCUUACACAUUCCAGAGUUAUGCAUGCAUGAGCCGUGUGCGUGCACAAAUCAACUUGGCCCGUGAGAAAUUGCGCCACGCUGAGAACCCAGUGCAGUUCUUCGAGAGAUCUGUGUACAGUGAUAGGUACAUCUUUGCAGCGAAUUUGUAUGAGAGUGAGUGUUUAAAUGAGACUGAGUGGGCCAUUUAUCAGGACUGGCACAGUUGGUUACAUAAAGUAUUCGGCCAACACAUUGAACUGGAUGGUAUCAUUUAUCUGCGGGCUAAACCAGAGAGGUGUCUGGAGAGAUUGCAUGUUAGAGGCAGAGAGGAAGAGCAAGGGAUUCCUCUGGAGUAUCUAGAGAAGCUCCAUUACAAGCAUGAGUGCUGGCUGCAGCACAGGACGCUGAGUAUGGACUUUGACUAUCUUUGUGAGGUUCCUGUUCUCACACUGGACGUCAAUGAUGACUUUAAAGGCGAUAAAUUCAAAUGUGCAGACAUGAUUGAAAAGGUGAAAGACUUUCUCAGCACUCUAUGACCGACAAGAGUAUAUUUGUGAUAUUUGGAUAUAUUUGUGUGUGUGUGAGCCUUAUUAAAGAUUAUUGUCUUACCUGUAUAA